CGUGAGUUUUAGCGGCGGUAGCUACGAAACGACGACAUUUGUAGCGGCUGCAAGGAUAAUUCCUCUGGAAGAUUUAAUCGAAAAAUGGAAGUUUCAAACAUUAAGAAGGUGUUACGCACACACAGAAUGGAAAGUGCCAAAGCUAAGAUCGACUUUGCUGAUAUCAGCACAUUUGACAUUGUCCCAACUCCACCAAAGGAGCCAAAACCAGAAGCAAACAGGAUGCACAGGCGUCGCGGGAUCCGUGCGCAGAAGUCAAAAACAUACGAGGCAAAACCUGCAUCCUUACAAGAAUUUGAGGCACAGGAAUUAGGACUUAAACAUGACACUAGGAGUGAAUCCAAUGACUUGGCGAGGACUGGACCUAGUGAUACAAAUAAUCCUUGGUAUUGUCAAACUCCCAAAACAAGAGACACAUCUUUCAAAAAGAACACAUGCAAAGAUAUGAAAACCACUUUCGUUGACCAGACGACAAACGCAUCACUUAAAGACGUGUUGAAGAAUACCAACCCUAUAAGGUACCCAACCCCUGGGCCCAGAGACCAGUUAGCUCCAAGUCCUUUUCCCGUCAACAAGAACAAACUUGCCCCUGUGGUGGACCCGAAAAAGAAUGCUGUACCAAAAACUGCCCGCCCGGGGCCACGUCCCGUCAAAGCUAUACACACGCCUGUUUUCAACCCAAGUUUGAUUGCCACUGCCCCUGAUCGGCAAGCUAGAACACCCCUUCCUGAAGCAAUGAACAAUCCAAAUCCUAUAAGGUACCCAGCUCCUGGGCCUAGAGACAAGCUAGCUCCAAGUCCUUUCCCUGUCAACAAGAAUAAACUUGUCCAUGUGUUAGACCCCAGGAAAAAUGCUGUGACAAAAACUACCCGUGUGGGCCUACGUCUGGUCAAGGCCGUGCGCGUGUCUAUCUACAGUGACAAUACAGAGUCCAGCUGUAUACUUACACAGAUGUACAGUGACAGAGAUGACUACGCCAACAGCAUUGUUCCAGCGAUGGAGAACAGCCGCCCUAUCAGAUACCCUCCCCCGGGUCCCCGGGAACAGAUGCUGCCCAAUCCCUUCCCUGUUAACAAGGCGUGUCUGCCCCCUCUCAUCAAACACGGACGAGUUGUCGCCCCUAUGUGUGGAUAGAGCUAGCGACAGACUUUUCCAGGAGCUGUUUCUUUCUGUUAAAAGGACACCGCAUCAUGAUCCUGAAGACAACGAUUAAAAUUAUACAGCUAAUGACUGUCCAACAGUUUUACUUAAACAUUUACAUAAUUCUUCAUAAACUGUAGUUAUAAUUAUCAUUAUUAAUAUUUUUCUUCUCAUAAACCGGUUUAAAAUAAGUAUAACACUUAUUUUGUUCUGUUGUGCAUGCAUAUACAUCGGGUCAGACCUUCAAUCAUGAUUUCAAUAGUGCUGGGCAAUUUAAGAAAUCCUUAUUUAAAGUGUCACCUGUGAGAGUGAUAUUGAAUUGUAAAAGUGAUAAAACCGUAUAUAAAUGUAUUGACGAGGCUAUGGUACAUUUGAUGCAAGAGGUUGAAAAGGUAGUUGAAUGAUGAAUGUGAAUAGUUUCCGUUUUGUUUGACAUAUUUAUUAAUA